AUGGAUUCCAACAGCCAAGAAAAUCGUACCCUACACCUGGUGGGCAUUGGUGUCGGUCAUUCAAUCGCUCCGCCCAUGCACAACCAUAUCGCAAAGUCUCUGGGGCUUCCAUGGACCUUCUACGCUACAGAAUGCGCCACUCUUGAUGAACUGAUGGAGCUCGCAAGGAAGGACUCCACAGCCGGCUUGGUCGUCACUAUGCCCUACAAAAACGCUAUCCUACCUCGUCUUGACGUUCUUGACGACCUUGCCACCACUAUCGGUGCUUGCAACAAUGUUUACCGGGAUUGGGAAGACCCGAAGAAGCUACACGGAACAAACACUGACUGGCGUGGCAUCAAGGGCUGCUUGUUGGAGAAGGGGGACCACGAGCCGGUCUUAAACAAGCCAGCUCUGAUAGUUGGUGCUGGAGGAGCGAGUCGAGCUGCUGUCUACGCACUCAACUCUGCGUUCAAGUCAUCAGUUAUUUACGUCCUGAAUAGAGACGAGCAAGAAGUUAAUGAUCUUGUCCGGGACUCCCAGAAGCUGUCGCCCGUCCCCAAGAUCAUUCAUGUGAAGGCAGGUGAUGCGCAGAGCCUUGAGACGCCAUACUAUGUCGUCGGCUCCGUGCCUGAUCUUGAACCCAAGUCUCCCGAGGAGCUUGCUGUCAAAGCGUCUCUAGAAGACUUCCUGUCUCGCCCAGGAAAGGGCGUGUUGCUUGAUAUGUGCUUCAAGCCCAGAAGGACUAGGAUGAUCAAGCUAGCGGAAGAAAAAGGAUGGUUUGCGGUCGAGGGAACACAUGUUAUUGGGUACCAGAUUGAAGAGCAGUGGAAGCUUUGGGCCGGGCCGGAAAAGGUUAAGAAACUCGACAGAGGAGGAGCAUGGAAAGUUCUUAUGGAAGGAGCCGAGAGCAGUGCAGGCAUCAACUUCUAA